UUAAAGUUUGCCCUUGGUCUUCGCUGCAGCACGUGUAGGUUCAUCAGUUCAUCAGUUCAGCGACGUCAAGCUGAACCAUGGCAGAUAUGAUAUUCAAGUACCCAACUAUGAUUAGCUGUGGGGGCUAUUUUCAGAACUUGACCACCAAAAUCCUCGACGUGGCGCCAACAGCCUCCACCAGUUCGGGCUGCACAUAACUGACUUGUUUACCCUGUUACCCCUAUUUAUAUAUAUCCACACAUAUAGAUCGCUCAAAUGAACGUGAAAAUGAACAUUAUCGCCCUUGUCACCGGCACCGUCGUCGGUGCGCUCGCUCGGCGACGAACCGCUAUCUGGCGUAUGCUUUACAGGAAGUUGCAGCUUCCUGUAAGCUCCAAGCAAGCGCCGACAAGGCAAAAAGCCGUCCUGCGAGUGCUUUACCGUUGCCUUCCGACGCGACUGCGGCAUUUACGCGCAAUGAUCUGCAGCUGAUCACGGCCGACGCGACGCCUCACGCCGCCUCUACAAGCGGCGGUACCGCCAGCCCGAGCGCUGGCGAUAGAUGCCACAAGCGCCCGCAGCACCGUCAGCAGCAUCAGUGCCAUUGGCUCGGCCAGCUCGGCAGCCCCUGCAGCCGCCAGCUCGCUGCAUGCUUCGGCUUCUGAGCACACACUGCCCAUGCAUACGAACCCGCUUCAGGUCGCCGCCGCGCUGGCCCCCAAGCUGGAGUCCAGCUCGGACCGCUUCGACGUAUGCACGGGCAGCGGCUCAUCCGCCGGCUCUGGCGACACUGCACUCGGUAGCGCCAGCGAUGGCGCCCUUUCCACCGUCGUCUGUAAGGACAGCAGCAGCACCACCACUACCGACGCCAGCACCGACAGCGGUCAUGUUUGCCCUGACGCCUCCAUGGAGGCACGGUCACCAGGCACUGUAAAGCUAAAGGACGAGGCCUGCAUGGACGACCAGAAGGUCAAGGCCUUCAUCAAGCAGCACGGUCUUACGCUCUGCAUCCCCCAGCGCGAGCUGGGCAAGGGCGCAUUCGGCCACGUGGAAAUGGUGAUCAUCACCCUGCCUGACGGCACCACCGUCAAGGCCGCACGCAAGACCCUGCACGCGUGUGAGACCAAGGGCGCUGUGGCUGCACUACGCCGCAUACUGAACCAGGAGCUGGCAGGGCUGGCUGCUGCCGCGGGCUGCGAGCACGCGGUGCAGUGCCUGGGCUACCGGCUGCCGACUGAUGACGACGAGCGGGCGGAGCUGCUGCUGAGCUGUGCGGAGGGCGGCUCCGUAGAGAACCUGCUGAAUGCGCUGGCCAAGGACCAUUUUGAUCGCAUUGACAACGCGCCCGAGCGCCGGCGCACCGGCAAGAACAAGGACAAGUUUGAGAUGCUGCCGUACCCCGGCAACACGCUCAUGGAUGAGGCUGACCUGAAGGGCAUGCUGCGUGCCAUGGCGCCCGUCAUCGUGCGCCGAGCUGCGAGGUGUGCGCACGACUGGGUGGAUUACUGCUUCGGCGAGGAGGUGCGCUACAACAUCCAACUCUACUUCGUCGAUAACAUGGCUGGUACAUUGCGGGCUUUCGCGAUCGGGGCUCGUCCCGCGAUGGACAGCGUGGAGGCCGCGCUGGACCGCGUCAAGAUGAACAUCUAUCUACCUCAAGUUCGCGGACUGGGGGCUGCCCUGCCCCAUUACAGGAGUGCCGGGCGCAAUGGCGCAGGCGGCGGCGUUUGGCGGCCAGCAGGCGGCCAGCGGCAGCUCGUGAGGGCGGCGCUGUUGGACUGGGGUGAAAGGGCGUAAGGUGCUGUAGGCUUGUGGUGCCCGUUGCAUCUAGACUCAAGGCGUGGGCAAGACAGAUGUCCCUGCAGAAGUGGUAGAGCGCACGCAGCAGCAGGAGCAGGAGGGAAGAGGGCAGGGUUUGGUGGCGACGGCAUGUCGACGGCCAGGUUGGUGGUGGGCAAGGAGCAAGUUAGCAAGCGGCCGGGGCAGGGCCUGUGGGCAUCAGCAGCAACCGCACGCUGCUAUGACAGCGGCAGCACGCAAACGUGUGUGCGCGUGCUGUGUGUAGGUGUAUGUGCGUGAAAGGAAGAUGACAAGCAUACCCGCAGUAUGUGUGUGUAGGCGGGAAUUGACUGAGAAUGGUACCGUAUACGGUAAUGCCGAGGCGGUUGCCCUAGGCGGCAGCAGGGGUUGCAAGUGUGCUCAGGUACUGCGCUGGCUGGUUACUGUACAUGGUGCUCUCUCCGGUCCUUUCAUGGGGGAGGUAGGCUACAGCGGCCGUCUUUUGGGCCCCGGUCAGUGGAAGACCCACAGCUGUAGCAGGUUGUGUCGAGUGUGAGCUGUGUGACAUUCACCUGUUGGUGGCAGGUGGCGGUCAACCUAUCUAUCAUUGCUCGUGUCGGUGAUGCGAUGCUGGUGGUGCUGGUACCUUCAAUCAAGUCGGAGAAACUAGGGGACUGCUGGACUAAUGCUGGAAAGGCUGGCUGUGAGGAGCAGACUGAGCAGCGGCACGCUAGGAAUGGUGUGCGUGUGAAGAGCUACGGUCAGCCAAGACAGCUGGGCUUCGGCGUUACCCACCCAUGAGUCCCCAGUGAAGUAGAUUUGCGCAAGCCUGAUGUAACAGUACCUAACG